AUGAGCAAACAGUUCUUCUACAAGAGACAGAUAAGAAUUAUUGGCAGAUGUGUAGAUCUGGUGGUUUGUGCAACUCUAAUGAUGGGUGUAUGGUGUGUGAAUGCGGCUAAUGACAGCCAGGCGUCUUGCCAUGCAAUGACAGGUACUCUGAAAGGCCUCUUCAAGCUUUAUCCUUCGAUGGAGAUGAACAGAAAGGACCAGAGUUGCCUUUUGGAUGAUGAGAUUGUUCAAGUCGCUGGGAUGUAUAAUAUAAACGCACCGGAUCGAUACAUUAAUGCCUCAAAACUACAUGUGGAUGCCACCGAGAUGCAUCUGGCUGCUCUUCAAAAGGUCUCUAAGAUUACCGCCCGUGGAAUUAAGUUGGCCGGUCCGUUGUGUAAUCCGUUGGUCUUUGCUGUGCUGCUGAAGCAAUUACUACUUGUUGCUGAGAUAAAUGAAGUAUACUUCAAUAUUACAAACCCCCUGAGCAUCAACUGCCUUUGUGACUCUAUUGAAAUAUCCCCAAAUGACCAAACUCGUCUAUUGGCUAAGCCGCCUGUUAAGAUCUCCGUAGUGGAUGACCAGAUUGAGCUAUGCUCUGUUCUAGCCAAAAUCUACCAGUUUGCGCAGGUUCAAUUCUUGGGGAUCAGCACUAGCAAUGAGAAGUUAGUCUGGGGUCGCCCUAUCCACUGGGUCGAUUGCUUUUCACUUGUGCUGACAACUGACUAUCCCCGAAGCUGCGACAUUGAUGCCCUACUGUACGGAUGUGCAUCUUUCAUCUGCAAAAGCUUCACUAUCCAGAGCUAUACUACACAAGGCCUACAAGCAUCGGCUCAAGAAAUAGACAAAAUGAUCAAUGGCGGUAUCUUCGGACAUUUAUUACAGACCAACAGAAUAUGUGAAUUGGCCCUAGAGUACCUGUUUUUCCUCUAUCUAUGCAUGGUUGUUGAUCAAGGAACGACUAUUCGCACUACUAUGGAUUUAAUAAUUCAGCAUCCUCCCUUUGCAAACGACUUUGUCAGAUCGCCCUACAUUAAACGGGGUCUAUUGCAGCUUACGGCGAACGAUGCCCGUAGCAAGUUUACAGAAGACUAUUUGAAAAUGCGCCUCAGUGAAUCCUGUAUCGAAGUAUCAUCGGUCAAAAUACUUGUUGAGCACGGCUUAUAUGAUUUAAAUUAUAUGGGAGAACCAGUCUCAGUUGAUACCGACUGCUUAGAGGACUUCAGCAGUUGUAUUAGGCCAUUUGUGUCGGUGCUAAACUCUACGCCACCUUUGGUGGCUUUUGUAAACCAUCCGCAUCUAUCGCUUUGCCAAGCCCUAUAUUGGGCGGCUGACCAACAAGGCACAGAUACUCAAGAAGCACGGCUCAUUGUCAGUGGCUACCUUUAUAACUCGACUGAAUCGUUUUGUACGAGCCAGCAUGCAUUAGAAAAGUAUCUAAUAACUCUGCCGACUAUUCUGGGUGGUCUUCCUAAAGACCAGGCAUAUCCAGAAUUGGCACUGGCUGCGCUGGUCGUGCAAAUGUCAAAUGUAUACAAGACUCACCCCGUGCCGAUACAAUAUGUUAAUAUCACAUCUGUACGUAUAUCCACCUCAAAUGGCCUUAAGACCUUGUUUUCCUUAUUUGAGCACCUCCCAGACACGGCGGAGAUCGUUAUUGAUAGCUGUUUUUGGCCCGCCCUGGAUAUAACACCCCCUGUUAGGAUCAAGGCCCGCCUAGUUUGCUUUAUAGACUGUAGUAGCACCAUAGUUUGGCACUUUUUGAAAUGUUGUGAUUUGGUGAAUGAAGAUGUAGGAAUCUACCUUAGUGGUGAUUACGAUUCGUGGGUUGCCACUGCUAGCAACAACCAUGGGGUUCUAGACAGAGUUAAGAAUCAAGUGUAUUGGGAGUAUUCUAACUAUAUCCAAAGCCAAAACUUCGCCCGGCAAUGGCGGGAUCUUAGUGACUCUACCGAACUUAUUAGGCUGUGGAUCAAUACGAAACAAACAACGUUCCGUUUUUCCAUAACAUUCUUGGUUUCGUUCUUGCGUAUGUGCGAUGAGGCCCAAAUGAGUGGUUUAGUGCCCAAAGUAGUAGAUCACUUGCGGCCAUUUAUGCGGUUUUGCUUUCGCCGUCUAGAAGUUUACAUCUCUGACUCCUUCAGUGAACUCUUAAAUCAGGACCUCGCCCGACUUGUUGCAACCCCUAAAGAAUGCAUAUCGCCCCCGCCAACGAUCUCUUGUAAGUUGAUGUGGGCGCCUUCCUUAAAAUGGAAUCCCAACGCGUCUAAUGACCCUAUUUCCCUCUCGAUAGAUGAAUACUCGCCAAAAUAUCUGAUCCCUUAUUCCUUACUAACACAAUUAGUAACGCCUAUUUUACGCUGGCUUCGAACUCGUUUCCCGGGACUCAACUGGCUUGAUGUUCGGUCGACUAAACACUUUAACCAUGCUGAUUUUAUGGGACUGUUUGCUGUUACUAAGAAUACUCUCAUUAUCAACCACCCAUCUGAACAUAUCGGCAAUGAAGGGCUCGGUAUGGCUAUGAUUGCCGGCUCUCAGACAAGCAUAACCAUGUAUGCCUGUAAUUAUAGCCUCGAUUCUUGUCUAAACAACAAAACUUGGUCGGACUCUUUGUAUCCCUAUUGUCUCUCUCUAUCCCUCUGUAAUUUGAUUCAAGCAAAGGACCUGCAAGCCAUUGCUUGUCUGAAUGCCCGGGAUCGCCAAACAGUCCAGAAAUUGAAAGACUUGUCUGAACAUACUAUAUUAUGGGGCCGCUGCUCAAUUUGCAACAAGCCAUAUCAGCCUGCAACCCCAACCACAACAGCUAGUUUAAAUGGACCUUGCGUGUUAUUUGUUGCUAUUGACCGUGCUAUCUGCGCUCACUGCAUCUUGGACUUCAAGCGCUUGCCAGGCAUGCUCUAUACGCAACCAAUCACCAAGCAUGACCUGGGCCAAAAGGAAGACGUUGCGGUUAAAUAUACUAGUUCUGCUAACCCUGCUACAAUCACUGACACCUUUUCAUUACCGCCAACUAUGCCACUGGAGCAUAUAUUCCUAAUCAGCUCUCAGCACACCCUAAAGGAGAUUAUAUUAGAGACCUAUAACAUGCUGCCCGUGGAAGAAGUUGAGAAGUUUAGUGGAAGAGAGCAGGACCCCCAAGUUAUCGAGCUAACGCAAACUUUCCAAACAAUAUUGUCUUUGAACGCCUAG